ACAGUGAUCCGGUGGAAGCUUCUGUUGUGUGGUAGAUAGCAACAUGACGGCCCAGCUUCAAGACUUCGAAAGUUUUCUGAAGAAUGUCGACGAGAUAAGUGAGCUGGUGAAGGAGCUGAACUCCUCCGACGCAGAGGCCCAGCAGAAAGCCUUGGAGAGGGCUGAUCACUACAUCGCUGCCUCGGGGGGAGAUGAACCGUGCAGGACAAACUUCAGCAGGACAUCAAUCAACUCGAACCCGCAGUCACAGCCGUCCUCACCGGUAAAGACAUGCACACAAGAGAAUUUUAUGAAGAGUGUAGAAAUGGAUGCUGAAGACAGAAGACAAAGGAGGAGAGCAAAAGAGCAAAAGGCAGUUGCUCUCAAAGAAAAAGGGAAUGAAGCUUACACCCAAGAAGACUAUGAAACUGCUGUAAAAUAUUACACUGAUGGAUUGGCUGAACUCCGUGACAUGCAGCCAUUGUACACCAACCGAGCGCAAGCCUAUAUCAAGCUGGGAAAGUACAAGGAGGCCAUCAGUGAUUGUGAGUGGGCCCUUAAGUGUAACGAGAAGUGCAUAAAGGCUUAUCUACACAUGGGCAAAGCAUAUCUGGCACUGAAGAACUAUAACAAGUCCAGAAACUGCUAUGAAAAGAUAACGGAAAUUGAACCUAGGAAGGAGAAGAUGGUUAAAGAAUACCUGACCCAGGUAGAUUUGGAAGAGGCAAGAGAGAGCCAGGAGAGGAAUGCGAGGGAAGAGUUUAACAAUGGAAAGAACAAGGCCACAAUAGUGCCCCAGCUGUUAGAGAAGCUGUCAAGGCUCGAGCAAAGCCCUUCGUACUACUGUGGAGGUUUGGAGCUUCUGUCACAAGCCAUUACUGACUGCACUGGCCAGACCCUGUUCAGACUGAACAAUGGCUUCAGUAUAAUCAGCAGCAAUGGCACUGUGAGGAGUUGCCUGUUGCAGGAAACAAGAGAGCUGUCCGCCCAGGAGUUAUGUGUUUUUGUUCUGAAAUUAUGGAGGGUGAUUUGCAAUGGCAAUGAUGAAAACCUGAAGAUGCUGAUGACAUGCCCGACCUUCAGCCAGUCCAUUGUUCACUUGGUAACAUCAGAACACAUUGCAGUGCGGACAGAAUGUCUGGCAUUGCUGUGUUUAUACUCACAAAUGCCACACAGCAGAGGUUUGGCCAUUGACAACUUGAAUUUGCACAUUUUGGUCAAAAACCUCAUGGUGUGCAUCUCAAACCCAAAGGAGCAGCAGGAGAACACAGCAGUGAUUAUUCUGGAGAACUUUGCAUCAGAGAAUAAAUUUUGUAUGCAGCUAAGGGAUGUGUGUAUUGAGUCUGUUGGUGUCCCUUUUACAACAAUGCUGAGAAAUAUCAACAGGUCCAAUCAGCAUGUCCUUCCAUCUCUGAUAUUAGCUGUUGGCUGUCUGGCCAGGGAUGAUGUCAUCCACCACAAUAUGGCUCAUGAUGCAGAAUGUUGGGAGGCCUUUUUGAUCGCCAUGAAGCAGUGCAUUGCAUGUGAAUACAAAGAGAUCCUCCAUCCCAUGCUGGGCCUUAUCAUUAACCUGUCCACCGUCACCUCUCCAGUUAUCCAGGAACAUGCUGUUUCUCUCUGUGGUUGCUGUCUGGACCUGUUGACUGAUUGUGAUGGAGGAAUCAUAACUAGAGCUACAGGCGUGUUGAGUACUGUCCUCCCACAGUCCCCUGCUGCUGUUCAAUAUGUCGUCCAGGGCAGCGUGGUUAGGACCAUGUGCCAGCUGCUGAAGAGAGCAGGGAAGACCACCACAAAGUACGCCAUUAAGACGCUAACAGUGUGCACUGCUGCCAGUCAGUCGGCACGGGAAGAGCUGGUUAAGUCUGAUAAAAGGCUCUCCAUUCUGCGUCGUUUGCUGGCCUCCAGCUGUGAUGAAGUGGUGUCAGGGAAUGCAGCUCUGUGCCUGGGCCACUGCCUUGAGUUGGAGGGAAUUGCUAGCAACCUGCUGGGCACCGAUAUUGUGCUGCUGCUGCUGCACCACGCUGCGGGGAAUGCCAAGAGGAUUGCUGUGCAAAAGAGUGCCGCUAUUGCUCUGGGGAAGCUUUGCCGAUCUGAACCCAGACACAGGAACAAACUUCGAGAACUCAACGGUCUUGAAAUACUCCACUCGUGUAUGAAGUUCACUGCAUGA